AUAUCCAUAAAAGAAGCUGUGUGCAGUUCUGCGAUAUCGCACACCAUCGCACAUCCAAUUAUAUUCAAUCGUAGAGCACAACGCGCUAAAUGCCCCGCGUCUAAUUGAAACGAGAAAUCUCUGAAGCAGUUUCCUCUAAUAGCUUUAAUCUCUCGCUAAUUGCCCGUAUAAUCGAAUAUUCUGAAGAACUAUUGUUUUACUCCGAUUUUAAGAAUACCGGCAAGUGUGACAGCACAAUACUUGAGGUUAUGAAAAUUUAAAAAGCUACAAGAUUCUAUCAAGUGUAUCGGACGGUUCCACUCGUGAAUCUUUUCAUGAAAAUAGAAAGCGUUACAAUAUAAUUGUUACAAGCAAUGACUACAUUAGGUGGCUUUAUGGAAUUCUUUCAAAAAGGAAAGACAUUUCGACCAAAGAAAAAGUUUGCCCAUGGAACAUUACGUUAUUCUUUGCAUAAGCAAGCUCAGGCUUCUCUCAAUUCUGGUAUCAAUUUAAGAUCUGUGGUAAAACUACCUCCUGGAGAAGAUUUGAAUGACUGGAUUGCUGUUCAUGUUGUAGAUUUUUUUAACAGAAUAAAUCUUAUAUAUGGCACAGUAUCUGAAUAUUGUGAUUCAGCAUCUUGCCCAACAAUGAGUGGUGGUGCACGUUUUGAAUAUCUGUGGGCAGAUGGUGAAAAAUAUAAAAAACCAACAGUACUACCAGCACCACAAUAUGUUACUCUUCUUAUGGAUUGGAUUGAAGCUCAAAUUAAUAAUGAGACAGUUUUUCCAGUAUCAACAGAUGUGCCAUUUCCUAAAACAUUUGUACCGCUAUGUAGAAAAAUCUUGACACGCCUGUUCAGAGUUUUUGUCCAUGUGUAUAUACAUCAUUUUGAUCGCAUUGUAGCAAUAGGAGCAGAAGCACACGUUAACACAUGUUACAAGCAUUUCUAUUAUUUUGUAAGAGAAUUCGAUUUGAUCAACAUUAAGGAAUUAGAACCACUAGCUGAAAUGACCGCUAAAGUUUGUAAGGAUACUGCUUCUCCUACCCAAAGCACAGCACCAUCAAAUAAUCAAGCCAGGUAGUUAUUUUACAAUCUCAUUUAAUUAAAUUAACAAUUACUGUGUACGGUAAAAAGAUAGCAUUUUUGCUAGAAGAUAAAAUUACUUUGUACACAGUUACAGAACAUAGCUUGCGAAAUUUGUCGAAUUAUAUAUCAUACUCGACAGUCAUUUACUUCACAGAUAUUAAUAACAUUUAAAAAACAUGAUCUGUCUUAAUAUACUGUUUUAUUAUUAUUGCUUGAUAAUAGCAAUUAGUCUUUUAUACCAACUUUUUACUUCAAUUGUGUGGAGUUUACGUAUCAGGAUUUAUUUGUGCAUUAUAUUACCAUAUCGGUACGCAUUGUACUUUAUUCAUCUUUACAUUGCUCUCUAUCUUUCAUUGAAAAUAACAUAUAUUCAAAGCAAUAUAUAUAGAUUCUUAUCUUGAGAUAUUUCUAUUCUCAUUUAAAUUUUAAGCUUCAAGCAAAAUACGUAUAUAAGAUAUAUAUACAUAUAUAUUACUUUUAUGAAAUUUAUAUCCUGAUAUAUUGUAAUGUGCUUAAAAGAUAAUCAUAAGUGCAAU